AUGCCAGACCCGCGCGUCUUCAUAAUCCGCCACGGCGAAACAGAAUGGUCCCUCAACGGCCGGCACACAGGGACCUCAGACAUCCCCCUCACCCCCUCAGGCGAAAAGCGCAUCUGCGCAACAGGAAAAGCCCUCGUAGGCGACGACCGCCUGAUCGUGCCUGGAAACAUAGCACACAUCUACGUAUCCCCCCGCACACGCGCGCAACGCACCCUCGCCCUCCUCGACCUCGGCUGCCACGCCACAAUGACAGCACGCACGCAAACCACCGACGCAAUCCGCGAAUGGGACUACGGGAACUACGAAGGCCUGACGUCGUCGCAGAUCCGCGCCAGCCGCUCGGAGCGCAACAUGCACCCUGAAUGGGAUAUCUGGCGCGACGGGUGCGAGGGCGGGGAGUCGCCGGCCGAUAUAACACGCCGUCUAGAUGAGCUGAUAGCGGAUAUACGUGCGCGGUUCCAUGAAGGUAGGUUCGGGAAGGAUGCGGGGUGGAAGGGGAGGGAUGGACAGCCGAAUGAUGUGCUUAUUGUUGCGCAUGGGCAUAUUCUGAGGUCGUUUGCGGCGAGGUGGGUGGGCAAGAGUUUGGAGGAUAAUCCGAGUUUGAUUUUGGAGGCGGGGGGUGUGGGGACGUUGAGCUAUGAGCAUGGGAGGGUGGAGGAGCCUGCGAUUUUGCUGGGGGGCGCGUUCGUGGUGGAGGUUGUGAAGAAGCCGGAGGAGGAGAAGUGAACACUGUGGGUUGUUGUGUCUCGCGCGUAAGAAGAUGGCGUAAGGGAAGUCAUCGUUGUUUGGGCCAUUGCAAGUCACGGGUAAGAAGGCGUCAAGUCAUGCAUUCAUUGUUUUUCCUUGGUCAUAAGCGUGAACUAUGCUAUGGUAUACGCAUUUCCUUUGCUAGUCGCUUAUCUCUGUUCAUGUCCCAUGUCUGUCGUAAUCAUCACGCCCUUUCCCUAGCCGUCUAUCUCGUCUUCAAGCCCUCGUUGGCGUCACCGACUGGUAAUCCAGACUCUUCUGUCGAGCCUCCCGUUCGAACUUCUCCUUGUUCUUCAUGACCCACAGUCCAAAUUCGCGAGCUGCAAAGGCGUUGGCCAGAACGUCGCGACCGAAAAUAGGAUCG